AUGGCAGCUGCACCUCCGCCCGUGAAGAAGACCUACUACAAGGUGCCAACCAAUGAAGCGGUGGUGGUUGAAAGGAAAGAUGAGUACAAUCGAGUACUGCUGGCUGGCCGACAUAUGUUGAAUCCGUUCAAGGACCGCAUCAAGAUCUACAAGGACGCCAACAAGGGCAAGGAGCUCAUGAUCGUCAACUUCCUCGAGGUACACAACAUCAAGGUCAACCAGGAAACGGUUAAAACGGAGGAGGAUGUGGAGCUGGUGAUCAGCGUCAGCCUCGACUUUAAGGUGGUGGGUCCGGCCGACAUGAUGUACUUCCCCGGCAUGGCCGAAAACUUCCCCUACCCGGCGCAGCCCGUCGUGCGCGAGGUCCUCCGAGACACGGUGGCCCAGAUGAGCAUCAAGCUUUUCAUCGAGGACACCGCCUGUCUCGACCAGCCGCUCCUGUCCGCCCUCAACCGCGAAUUCGAUCGCCGAAAGGUCGGCCUGCGCGUUGAGACCGUGCGAGUGCUAUCGCUGCGUGCCGUGGGAGAGGGCUCCGACCGAGUCAACGAGUACCUAACCGACAAGUGGCCCAAAUAA